AUGAAUGUUUUGGAAUAAUCAUUAAAAUAAAUAUAGGAACAGCAUUUCAAAGGUCAAUAUAGAAAAGCUUAUGAAUAACUUAAGCAAUUAGGGAGAGAUCUUGAAACUUAUGAUCCUUCUUUUUAAGUAUUUCAAAGAAGACCAUGCAACAUCGAAUUGUUAGCUGCAUUCUAUACUGAAUAUGGAAGUGUAGCUUUAAAGUUAAGUUUAUUGGAUAUCUCAAAAGAAUGUGUUCAAUGUGCUUUCUUUUAUCUUAAGGAUUUUGCAAAUAUCAAUCUAUUUAUAUUGAAUAUCCUUACUUAUCAGAGGAUCAAUUUCUGGCUCUGUCGGUACAAAAUUAUCCAUUAAAUAGAUUAGAUAUCUUGACUCAAUUCAUUUAUUAAAGAGACUUUUGAAUGUGGUGCCCAACUAACUCAUUCAUUAUAAAAUCGAGAUUUUUAUCAAUAUUGCCAAUUCUCAAAGAGCUUGGUGUAUUUAUGAUGAUGCUGAAAUCUCCAUCAAUUAAGCCGAAUAAUUGGCUAAUCUAUUAAAUCCAUCCCUGUAAAAUGAUUUACUAAAAACUAACAUUCUAUUUUUAAAAGCUAGACUUUAUAUGGAUACAGAUAGAAGCAAAUAUGGAUUAGAUUUUGCAUUAGAGUAUGUAAUUCAAAUGUUAAUUAGUUGUCAGUUGUUUACAGCAAAGAGAGAUGUUGUUGCCACGUGAUCAUCCUGAUAUUGCUAUUGCUAUGGAACUUGUUGCCAAAAUUAAUUUUAGUUAGAAUCUUGUCUAAGAAGCAUAAAAGUAUCAUGAUUAGGCCUAUAAGAUGAAGAUUAAGGCCUUUGGAUUACAUAACUUUGAAACUAUUGAUUCUAUUAAUGAAAAAGGUCGUCUCUUGCUUUCCUCGAAAAAGGUAUUCUGUUUUUAAUAAAUAAGGAAUAACAAGCUAUGUAUUACUUUUAAUUGAUAGGAGAAAUCAGUUAAGUACUCUUAGGCCCUCUUAAUUAAUAUCAAGCACUCUCUUAUAAUAAUCUAGGUUGUGCUUUAUUCAAUAUUGGAAAAUAUGAAUCAUCUAUUUAAUAACACUCUAAUGCAUUAUUCAUCUAUGAAAAAUUAUGUGGCUAUGAGCAUUCUAAAUUAGUGUUCUCAUUAAACUAAAUGGCAAAUGCCAAUAAAUUACUUAACAGACCUAAAGCAGCCUUUUUGAUUUGGAAGCGUUGUUAAACAAUCUUAGAGAAAAACCCACAAAUCAAUUCUAAAUAAUUGACUGCUAUCAAAUCUAGUUUAUAAGGAUUGUCUUUACAAGAAGAAGAUUGA